CUGACCUGAAGUAAUCCAUCUGCCUUGACCUCCCAAAGUGCUAGGAUUACAGGUGUGAGCCACCAGGCUAGGCCUAAACUCAUUUUAUAGUCUUGUGCUGGUGAAUGUUUAACAACUAUAUUUCUAGGAGAAAAAGCCUUGCUUUGUUGUAAAUACUGUUAUCAUGGCUGAUUUCAAACUACCCUUGUGUACAAAAAGAGUCAAAGUCUAUAAAAUAUUUGAAUAGAUUUAUUCUAAGCCAAAUAUGAGUGACCAUGGCCCAUGACACAGUGCUCAGAAGGUUCUGAGAACAUGUGCCCAAGGUGGUAGGCAUGCAACUUGUUUUAUACAUUUUAGGGAGGCAUGAGUCAUCAAUCAAAUACAUUUAAGAAAUACACUGGGCCCGUCAUGGUGGCUCACGCCUUAAUGUCAGCGUUUUGGGAGGCUGAAGUGGGUGGAUCACAAGGUCAAGAGUUCAAGAUGGUGAACCUUGAACUGACCAACAUGGUGAAACCCCAUCUGUAAAAGAAAAAAUAAAUAAACAAACAAAAGAAAUACGUUGGUUUGGCCGGGUGCUAAGGCCUGUAAUCCCAGCACUUUGGGAGGCCGAGGCGGGCGAAUAGUGAUUGAGCUCAUCCUGGACAACAUGAUGAAACCCCAUCUCUACUAAAAAUACAAAAAUUAGCCGGUGUGGUGGCACACGCCUGUAAUCUCUGGAGCUACUCGGGAGGCUGAAGCAGGGAAAUCAAUUGAACCCGGGCGGCGGAAGUUGCAGUGAGCCAAGAUCGCGCCACUGCACUCCAGCCUGAAUGACAGAGCAAGACUCGUCUCAAAGAAAAACAAAACCAAAAAAAACCAUUCUGAGGAAAUGAAAAAGAGAAGUAGGAUGUGGAAAGAUAAGUCAGCGACCGGUCAGCGAUGGAGGUAGGAACAAGACCAGCGGAAGGAAGGAGGGAGGAUUAAGGCCAAGAAGGUUAGCGGAUUGGGAGUCAAGGGCCCAGGGACAAGAGAGCUGCUCAGGACCCUGGCGUCAGGGUCGCAGACCUCCCGCCCCCGCCCAGAGCCCGCCUACAGCCGGCGUUGGCCCCGCCCCGCCUCGUGCCGGCCCCGCCCCGCCUCCGCCCUCCCCCGGGUUUCUUAGGUGAUGCUGCAGCCAAGAUGGCGCCGACGGCAGCUGUGGCGGUCUGAGGGCGAUGCUCUGGGUUCUUGGCGGCGGCUGUGGCCUUAGCCCGGGCCUCGAGUCUCUCCCGGUCGUGAGCGAUCGGCGCCUCUCUUCCGGCCGGGAUAGCCGGGACAGAGGGAAGACGGCCACGAAGAGAGGAGGCAGUGAGCAACAGGACGAGAGCGCGGCGCCUCUCGCCUCGGCACUAUGGCAGGGAUCAUCAAGAAACAAAUCCUGAAGCACCUUUCCAGCGUUCCCUGCUGGCUGUGGUGGAGAUUGGUGUGCUGUGAAUUGCAUAAUCACCCAAAUGAGUACCAGAGGAAUCUAAGAAACCCUGGCAACUGACUGCUUGCUUUCACCAGGAAUAGGGACCUUUUUCUGAAUUUCCUGCCCUCAGAUUUACCAAAAAUUUAUCUCCUGACAAGAUAAAUCUAAGUACCCUUAAAGGAGAAGGUGAACUGAAGAAUUUGGAGUUGGAUGAAGAAGUGCUCCAGAAUAUGUUGGAUUUGCCAACAUGGCUUGCUAUCAACAAAGUUUUUUGUAAUAAAGCAUCCAUUAGGAUCCCAUGGACAAAAUUGAAAACACAUCCCAUCUGUUUGUCCCUGGAUAAAGUAAUAAUGGAAAUGAGUACCUGUGAAGAACCAAGAAUCCCUAAUGGUCCAUCACCAAUUGCAACUGCUUCAGGACAAAGUGAAUACGGCUUUGCUGAAAAAGUAGUUGAGGGAAUUACUGUUUCUGUAAAUUCUAUAGUCAUCAGAAUUGGAGCCAAAGCCUUCAAUGCAUCAUUUGAACUUUCUCAGCUUCGAAUCUAUAGUGUAAAUGCACACUGGGAACAUGGAGAUUUAAGGUUUACUCGCAUUCAGGAUCCACAGAGAGGAGAGGUUUUGACUUUUAAAGAAAUAAAUUGGCAAAUGAUAAGAAUAGAGGCAGAUGCUACCCAAAGUUCACAUCUUGAAAUUAUGUGUGCUCCUGUUCGAUUAAUAACCAACCAAUCAAAAAUCAGAGUCACACUUAAAAGAAGGUUAAAGGACUGCAAUGUCAUAGCAACAAAGUUAGUUCUAAUAUUGGAUGACUUAUUAUGGGUUUUAACUGAUUCCCAGUUGAAAGCUAUGGUACAAUAUGCAAAAUCUCUUAGUGAAGCAAUAGAAAAAUCAACAGAACAAAGGAAGAGUAUGGCUCCUGAACCUACACAGAGCUCUACAGUAGUUGCAUCUGCCCAGCAAGUGAAGACAACACAAACUUCAAAUGCUCCUGAUGUAAAUGAUGCAAUUGUGAAACUAUUCAAUGACUUUGAUGUUAAGGAAACCUCCCAUCAUUUAGUGAUUUCUCAUCUAGAUCUGCAUAUAUGUGAUGACAUUCAUGCUAAAGAAAAAGAGUCAAACAGACGUAUUACUGGGGGGGCAAUGCAACUUUCUUUUACGCAGCUAACUAUAGAUUAUUAUCCUUAUCAUAAAGCAGGAGAUAGUUGUAAUCAUUGGAUGUAUUUUAGUGAUGCAACCAAAACCAAAAAUGGAUGGGCCAACGAGUUAUUGCAUGAAUUUGAGUGCAACGUUGAAAUGCUUAAACAGGCUGUGAAGGAUCAUAAUGUAGGUUCACCUCCUAAAUCCCCAACUCAUGCCUCUCCCCAGCACACACAAACAGAGAAGGACUACACUCUGAAAGGGACAUGCAGAACACCUUCAGUAUUAUCUCAACAAUCAAAAGCCAAGCUAAUGUCUAGUUCUGUUGUGGUUAGACUUGCAGAUUUCAAUAUCUACCAGGUCUCUACAGCAGAACAAUGUCGUUCUUCCCCCAAAAGUAUGAUUUGCUGCAAUAAAAAAUCCCUGUAUCUUCCACAAGAAAUGUCAGCUGUCUAUAUAGAAUUCACAGAAUAUUACUAUCCAGAUGGAAAGGAUUUUCCAAUUCCAUCUCCCAACCUGUAUAGCCAGCUGAAUGCACUACAGUUUACUGUGGAUGAAAGAAGCAUUCUAUGGUUGAAUCAAUUUCUGUUGGAUUUAAAACAGAGUCUUAAUCAGUUCAUGGCUGUGUACAAGUUGAAUGACAAUUCAAAAUCUGAUGAGCACGUUGAUGUUCGAGUUGAUGGCUUAAUGCUAAAGUUUGUCAUUCCUUCUGAAAUGAAAUCUGAAUGUCAUCAAGAUCAGCCACGUGCAAUUUCUAUUCAGAGUUCUGAAAUGAUUGCCACAAAUACAAGGCACUGUCCACACUGUCGACAUUCUGACCUAGAAGCUUUGUUUCAAGACUUUAAAGAUUGUGAUUUUUUUAGUAAAACAUAUACCAGCUUCCCCAAAUCUUGUGACAGUUUUAAUCUUUUACAUCCAAUUUUUCAGAGACAUGCUCAUGAGCAAGAUACGAAAAUGCAUGAAGUUUAUAAAGGAAAUAUUACUCCCCAAUUGAAUAAAAACACUCUUAAAACUUCUGCUGCCAUGGAUGUUUGGGCUGUGUACUUUUCUCAAUUUUGGAUAGAUUAUGAAGGGAUGAAAAGUGGAAAAGGACGGCCAAUAAGUUUUAUAGACUCAUUCCCUCUUUCCAUUUGGAUUUGUCAACCAACAAGAUAUGCAGAGUCACAAAAAGAGCCACAGAGUUGUAAUCAAGUAUCUCUAAAUACAUCACAAAGUGAAUCUAGUGAUCUGGCUGGCCGAUUGAAGCGGAAGAAGCUCUUAAAGGAGUAUUAUAGUACAGAGUCUGAGCCCUUGACAAAUGGUGGUCAGAAACCUUUAUCAGAUACAUUUUUCAGAUUUUCCUCUUCCUCAUCAGAGGCAGAUAUUCAUGUCCUAGUUCAUGUUCAUAAACAUGUCAGUAUACAGAUUAAUCACUACCAGUAUCUGCUCCUGCUUUUCCUGCAUGAGUCACUUAUCCUGCUUUCAGAGAACUUAAGGAAAGAUGUAGAAGCUGUGACUGGCAGUCCUGCUAGUCAGACAUCCAUUUGUAUUGGAAUUUUACUUAGAAGUGCAGAACUGGCUCUUUUGCUCCAUCCAGUGGAUCAAGCAAAUACUCUUAAGUCUCCUGUUUCUGAAAGUGUGAGCCCAGUGGUUCCUGAUUAUUUGCCUACAGAAAAUGGGGAUUUUUUGUCUUCAAAAACAAGUAGGGAUGUAAAUAGAAGUAUUACUGUUAAUUAUAUGUCGGACAACAGAUCUAUGAGUGUUGACCUUAGCCAUGUCUCUUUAAAGGAUCCUUUGCUUUUUAAAUCAGCUAGUGAUACAAAUCUGCAAAAAGGCAUUUCUUUUAUGGACUAUUUAUCAGAUAAACAUUUAGGGAAAAUAAGUGAAGAUGAAAGUAGUGGACUUGUUUACAAAAGUAGCUCAGGAGAAAUGGGAUCAGAAAUAAGUGACAAAAAGGAUUCAUUUUAUACAGAUUCAAGUAGUAUUUUAAACUACAGAGAUGAUUCUAAUAUGCUGUCAUUUGAUAAUGAUGGUAAUCAAAACAUACUUUCAAAUAGUUUAACUAGUAAAGGAAAUGAAACCAUAGAGUCGAUCUUUAAAGCUGAAGAUUUGCUUCCAGAAACAGCUUCGCUCUCUGAAAACGUAGAAAUCAGUAAAGAAGAGACCCCUGCAGUUAGAACACUUAAAUCACAGUUAUCUUUAAGUGGAAAGCCUAGGGAACGUUACCCACCCAACGUGGCUCCUCUCUGUGUUUCUUAUAAGAAUAUGAAAAGAAGCUCUUCACAAAUGUCAUUGGAUACCAUUUCAUUAGACAGCAUGAUAUUGGAAGAACAGUUGUUAGAAAGUGAUGGAAGUGAUAGCCAUAUGUUUUUGGAAAAAGGAAAUAAAAAGAACUCAACUACAAAUUACCAGAGCACAGCAGAAAGUGUGAAUGCCAGUGCAAACUUACAGAAUUAUGGUGAAACUUCUCCAGAUGCCAUCAGUACAAAUUCAGAGGGUGCUCAAGAAAAUCAUGAUGACCUGAUGUCCGUUGUGGUGUUUAAAAUUACUGGUGUUAAUGGGGAAAUUGACAUCCGAGGGGAAGAUACAGAAAUUUGUCUUCAAGUGAACCAGGUGACACCAGACCAGUUAGGCAAUAUCAGUCUGCGGCAUUACCUUUGUAAUCGUCCAGUUGGUUCUGAUCAGAAAGCUGUAAUUCAUUCCAAAUCCUCUCCUGAGAUUUCUCUGAGGUUUGAAAGUGGGCCUGGUGCUGUAAUACACUCUUUACUUGCAGAAAAAAAUGGAUUUCUGCAGUGCCACAUAGAAAACUUCAGCACUGAGUUUCUUACAUCUUCCCUUUUGAAUAUUCAACAUUUUUUGGAAGAUGAAACUGUUGCAACAGUAAUGCCAAUGAAGAUACAAGUUUCUAACACAAAAAUAAAUUUAAAAGAUGACAGUCCCCGGAGUAGUACAGUAUCCCUUGAACCAACUCCUGUAACUGUGCAUAUUGAUCAUCUUGUGGUAGAGAGAAAUGAUGAUGGCUCUUUUCAUAUUAGAGAUUCUCACGUGCUUAACACUGGAAAUGAUGUGAAAGAAAAUGUCAAAAGCGAUUCAGUACUGCUGACGAGUGGAAAGUACGAUCUGAAGAAACAGUGCAGUGUCACUCAAGCCACUCAGACAAGUCCUUGGCCUUCUCAGUCAGCUAACUUUCCUGAGUGCUCCUCUGACUUUACUAAGGAACAGCUCAUGGAAGAGAAUGAAUUUCUUAAACAGGAACUGGCUAAAGCUAAAAUGGCUCUUGCAGAGGCUCACUUGGAAAAAGAUGCACUUCUUCAUCAUAUAAAGAAGACGACAAUUGAAUAACAGAAGUGGCAGUCAAAACUCAAAUUAUAGCUCUGGAGUAGGAAGGUUAUAUUUAUAAUCUGGAUGUUAUCAGUUAGGGGAAGACUUUCAUUUUCAUGAAAAGACGAUAAAACAAAAUGGAAUGUGAUAAAGUGGUGACUGUUCCAAAGCCAGUUUAAAAGGUAUUAGGUACGAGCAUUACAAUCUUUUUGUUGUUCUGUGUUUGGGGGCUUAACCCUCUUUUAAACUGGUGUGAUCUAGGGAAGUCAACACAUACUGUAAAAUAAUUACAUGCCUAAGGAAAAGAAGCUGUCAUUUCCUAAUUUUGAUAUCUCAUUGUAGGCAUUUUUUUUAAAAUGAAAAAGGAAAACCUCUUGUGUUCACACAGAUUGCUGAAUUGGUUUCUCAAUAUUUGUUAAUAAUUUACUAUUAUUUACACAGAUUCAAAUGCUUUUAUGGCUAAUGUAAAAUGAAAAGAGGCUUACAUUUUAAAUGUUAUUAAAAUUAUGUACUUAAAUCUAUCAUUAAUUAUUGUAAAAAGCCCAAUCAGAUUAAUAAAUUAUAUAAUUGUUGAAUUUGAAAACUGGAAAAUCAUCACCCUACUGAACUUUUAAAUAUCUUGAAAAUGUGAAAAAAAAUCACUUUAAAUAAUGGGUACAUUGUAUAAGUGGAAACUAUAAUUUUCAACAAAAAGAUGGUACAAAUGUAAAAAUAAAAAGCACAAACCUUAUGAAAGCAAAAUACUAGAGUAUAUGGCCAAGUGAUUUAAAAAGCAUUACUUGUACAUUCCUUUAAACAUUUCUUGUUAGAAGUAAAACAGUAAUUUAUCCUGCUAACUUUGGCAGCAUUUUAACUAUAAAAAUUUUGAUUAAUACUAUUUAUAUUAAUUUCUUUAUCUUUAUUUUUCCUCUUUAAGAAGUUGUUUUUGGAAAAUUAUUUUUCCUUGCACAUAAGACAAUUUUAUACCAUUCUUAUAGUAUCAUAUUAGGUGGAUGUUUGCACAUACUGAAUUUAUAAAGCUAGUUUUGAAUACAGCUCUAUGUGAGAGAGAGAUAUAUACACAUACACAGUCUUCUAUAAUAAGAGUCGUUGGUGAAUUUUGAAUUCUAUUUUGUUAGGAAUUAAGGUUGAAAUCAACAUGAAAGAAAAUCAUGCAUUAUAAAAUAAAAAUACAUAGGUGAUAAGAAACAGAGACUUUUAAAGAUUUAAAAUAUAUUUCUGAUAGAAUUAAACUAAGUGAUGUCUAUUUUAAAAUUCACAUUCUUAAAUAUAUCCAAGAUAGAAAAUGAAAUAGCUGGACUACUCUUUCUUUAAGAUACUUGAAAAUUUUAAACCACAUUGUGACACUUUAUGGUGCUUUGCGUGUUUGGCAUGACAUAUAUAGUAGUCCUUAUAUCUGAGUGCUUGGGGGGAAAAUACAUAUUUCAUUUACAUUAAAUUUUGGAGUGAUUUAGGCUUUAUUGAAAACAGAACUGGCCUUUUUUCUUCCCUUCAGGAUUUUCAUUGACAUUAUUUAAAAUAUACAGGCACUGUUUUGGGUACUAUGGAUAUAGCCAAGAACAAAUUGAUAAUGUUUUACCUCGGGGUAUUCAAAAUAUCAUAAUGUCUUGUUAUUCUAAAACUAUAUAAUAGCCUUAGAUUAAAUGUGCAAAGAUCUAAUUAAAGAUUUAAAAUGUAUAGCUUAUGUCCUUAGAAGAGAACAUUUUAUUUUUAGAUAUACAUUCAGCAAAAACAGUUUGUUAUGGAAAAGAAGGAUUGAUGGGACAUUAACUUCUUCAGAGUUAACAUUGUUUCUCAAGAUUGACCUAUUCUGUAUAAAUUUAAAUUUUUCUGUGGUAUAUUGCUAUAGAAGCUGAAUGCCUUACUUACUACUUUUAAAUUUAUUUGGUCUUCCCAAGGAAAUCACACAAACAGUAAAGAUUAUGAUGAACUGAGCAUUGUAUGUGCUUAGUUUGAUUUUUUUUAAUUUAUAAGGAAUUCUAUUUUUAUAGAUGUUUAAAAUUCAUUAAAUACUCUAUUCUGAGAGGGAGGUAUUAUUCAAAUGUUCUAAGUUUCCCUAAGGCUUAGAAAGGACAAGUAACUUGACUGAAAUCACAAUUCGCAAUGUGGUCUUUGGACUUAAAGCCUUGUUAUAUGCUUUUAUUAUAGCUUAGUCAUUAAUUCACACAUUGUCCCUUAUCUUUUUUAUCUUUUAAAGAUGACCACACAACUUUAAAUUGUGUGUGCACAUCUAUGUAGGAGGUAUAUGUUUCCCUGUUUGUGUUAUUCAAACUAGCUAAAAGACAGCAGGAUGGUUAUUGUUUAAGUUAACCCCAAACUGUUUAGCAGUGUCAGAAAUACAGGAAAAACCUGUUAAUUGACUUACCAGCAUUUUUUUUUAAAUUACAUAAUUUAGAUAUAAAGUUGUCAUGUCCUGAAAUUUAAAAAAAAGAAAUCUCUAGCUGAGACAUGUUAAUGGUUAAGCGAUGAAAAUGGUAAUUGUGCUUUGCUUUUUAUUUUUUGUUUACUUUUGAGUUUUAUUGUUUUCUAUGUUUUUAAGUAAAAAUUAUAUAUUUAUGGUGUACAACAUGAUGUCUUGAUACAUGUGUACAUUGUGGAAUGGCUAAAUCAAGCUGUCUAUUGUAUUACCUCACAUUUUUUUGUGGCAAGAACACUUAAAAUUUUGUAACAAUUUUCAAGUAUACAACAUAUUGUUAUUAACUAUAAUCACCUGAUGUACAGUAGAUCUCUUGAACUUAUAUUUACUAACUGCAGUUUUGUGUCCUUUUACAGACAUCUCCUGUUUCCCUAACCCCCAGCCUCUGAUAACCAGAAUUUUACUCUCCAUCCCAUUAAGUUAACUUUUUUUGCACUCCAUUAUGUGAGAUCAUGUAGCUUUUGGCAUUUGUCUUUCUGUGCCUGGCUUUUUUCACUUAACACAGUGGUCCCCCAUGUAGCUGGGACCACAGGUGUGUGCCACCACACCCAGAUUUGUCCAUGUUGUCAGAAAUGACAGAAUUUCCAUUUUUUAAAAUGUUGAAUAGUAUUCUCUUGUGCAUAUUUUCUACAUAUGCUUUAUCCAUCAUCCAUUGAUGGACAGUUAAAUUGAUUCCAUAUCUUUGCUAUUGUGAGUAAUGCUGUAGUGAACAUGGGAUUAUUACAGAUGUCUCUUCCACAUACUGAUUUCAUUUUCUUUGAACAUAAAUAGUGGGAUUGGUGGAUCAUAUGGUAGUUCUAUUUUUUUUAAUGUUUUGAGGACCCUCCAUACUGUUUUCCAUAAUGGCUAUAAUAAUUUACAUUGCCAAUAGUGUACAAAGCUUUUAUUUUCUCUGCAUCCUCUCCAACACUCCUCUUUUGUCUUUUUGAUAAUAAUCAUUCUAACAGGUCUGAUUACAGUAGCUUUGUAGUAGGCUUUCUGUGCUUUGCUUUUUAAUUUUAUGUCUGUGAAAAACAUUGGGUAUUUUGAAUUUUUUUCUUUUCUCACCUUAUCCUAGAACUUGAGGCUGGGCACAGUAGCUCAUGCCUGUAAUCUCAGCACUUUGGAAGGCCAAGAUAGGCAGAUCACUUGAGGUCAGGAGUUCGAGACCAGCCUGGCCAACAUGGUGAAACCCCAUUUCUACUAAAAAUACAAAAACUAGCUGAGUGUGAUAGCACAUGCCUGUAGUCCAAGCCAAUCGGGAGGCUGAGGCAGGAGAAUCGCUUGAAUCUGGGAGGCAGAGGUUGCAGUGAGCUGAAAUUGUGCCACUGCACUCCAGUCUGGGUGACAGAGUGAGACUCCAUCUCAAAAAAAAGAACUUGAAAAUUCCCCCAUAUAUACUAGUUGGGGGUGAAGCAUUAUUUCUAGUUAAGUCAUGUAAGAGUGACUGUGUAUGACCAACGGCAAGUAUGGGUGGAAAAAAUUAAAUUUUUUCGUGGGUUUUUAUUUAAUACAUGCCAGUAGGGGAGUUAGGAGUUACACUUUCUCUUUAACAAGUUUGUGUUAACCUACAAUCUAAUCAAGACAUCUUAUGCCACCACCAUUCACCCUAGUUCCCAAACUGGUAACAUAGAAAUCAUCUUAAGACAUCUUGCUCUCUUUAUCACUUCAUCAUCAAGUCCUGUCAUUUUUACCUUGUAAACAUCUCUCAGAUUUGUCUACUUCACUUCUCACCACUCCCUAAUCUAAGCUACCAUCAGCACCUUUUGUCUGUAUGACUGCAGUUGUCUCCUAACCGGUCUUCCUGCAGUGACUCUGGCCCUUCCUGUAUUCACUCUACUACAGGCAGAAUUCUUUUUGUUCAAAGUGCAAUUUUAAUCAGGACAACCCACCUACCCCCACUUGUACCUCUAGCUUAAAAGACUUCAGUGGCUUUUUAUUGUUCUUACAAUGAAAAGGAAAUCUUUUAUGUGACCUCAUAGGUCAAAUAUAUUAGGGCAACUAUCUAUAGUGUAUUUCCAAGCAUUAACAUAAUUGCUGUCUCAGUGGCUGGCACAUCACCUAAAAAACAAUAGAGGUUACCUAUUCUUGUUCCCAUUUAGCCUCAUUAUGUACCAGGUUUUACUUACACCUUCAUUGUCCUUUAAGCAUUUGGAAUAAGAAUUACAGUGUUUCAUUCAGCAUAAGACUUUUGUCAUGCUGGUUCUUUGGCCUGAAAUAUCUAUCUCUUCCCAUUGCCUAAUUAAUUCCUGUUUGUCUUUCAGAUCUUAGCUAGUUCAUCACUUCCUCAGUGUUCAUCACUUCCCUAAUUUCUGUCACAGAGUAAGACCCACUGUUAUACGUCUCACCUGACCACGUACUUCUACUUAGCAUUUAACUUGUGUGAUUUUUUAUGUAUUGGUUUGAUUAAUGUCAGAACCACUAGAUUGUAAACUCCAUGAGGACAGGAAUUUUGUUUCUGUCAUUGUCAUUGUUCAACUUUGUAUUCUUUAUGCCUCAUACAGUGCCUGGCACAUAGUAGGUGCUCAGUAACUUUAUUGAAAGAAUAAAAUGAAUGGAUAAGGUA